ACGUGUUCCAGGGGCUGGACAAGCGGUACCAGCAGGUCAUCGCCGACAUCUGCAAGAAGAUGGGCGCCGGUAUGGCCGACUUUGUGACGGCAGAUGCCGCAGAGUCAGAGGUGGGGCUGGGUGGGGAGGUGGAAAGCGUGGAGGACUACAACCUGUAUUGCCACUACGUGGCCGGCCUGGAGGACAUCAACGAGCAGCCGCGGCCGCGCAUGUGGUGGCCCAAGGACGUGUGGGGCCGCUACGCCGCCAGCCUGGAGGACUUCAAGCAGCCGGCGCAGGCGGGCAAGGCGGUGCAGUGCCUGAACCACAUGAAGGAGGCCGGCGGCGACCCCAACCAGCAGCAGACGGUGCAGCUGUGCCGCAAGAUCGAGGCCGACUGCGUGAAGCGGCUCGAGGCCAUGGGCGAGUCCAAGCGCAGCGUGGAGGCGGCGGCGCGCACCGCCCCGGUGCCGCCCUCCACCCGCGCCAUCAUCCUGGCGCGGGCGCUGCUGGGCGUGGCCACGCCUGCCAAUGCCCAGACGCUCGACUACUGGACCCAGAUGAUUGCCACCGGCCUGCUGGCGUAUGCUGUGUGGAUUGGGGCCACAGGCAAGAAGAUCUUCUGA